AUGCCUCAUCCGCGCUUCACUGCAAAGAAGCGCAGCACUACAUAUGCCACCAUCGACCCAGCUCGACCAGAGCUGUCCGUCAAGGGCAAGACCUUGUACGUGACAGGAGCCAGUCCUGGCACUCUUGGCGCUGGCAUUGCCGCUGCUUUCGUGACUGCGGGAAUCGCAAAGGUCGGCGUGUUUGGCAGGACCAAGUCCAAACUCCAGCAGACCAAAGCAGAUCUGUUGAAGAUCAACCCUGACGUUACCGUGUUCACACACGUUUUCGAUGCCGGCGACGCCGAGAGUGUAGGCGUGGCAGCACAUUGGGCCAGAAGCGAGAUCGGAGCAUGGGACGUCUUCAUCAACUGUGCCGCCUUUCAUUCACCAAACCCGGCCACGAUACAAGGUAGCGAGGAAGACGACUGGUGGAAGACCUUCGAGCUCGGCGUCAGAUCUGUACAGUACUUCACAAAGUCUUUUAUGCCGAAAGCCAGGCCGGGAGCGACAUAUAUCUCGAUGAAUUCCGAUACGGCUUUCACUCGGCCAGAGGGAUUGCCAAAGAUGGCUGCGUAUACGGCGAGCAAACUUGCGACGGCGAAGUUGGAGGAGUACCUCUCGGUCGAGAAUCCUGGGAUGAGGACGUUUACUAUUCAUCCGGGUGUGUACCGGACGGGCAUGUUCGAUCAGUGGGUCAGAGAUCUUGGCUACCCGGAGGAUUCACCUUCAGACAAUUUGAGUCUGGCGGGAAACUUUUGCAUCUGGCUGACGUCGCCGGAGAGUGACUUUCUCAAGGGCCGCUAUCUUGCCGCGACUUUUGAUGUGGACGAGCUGCUGGAGCGGAAAGCAGAGUUCGAAAAGGACCCAAAGUUGUUGCGUAUUACGUGGGCCGGUACGUAUCUGUGA